GCUGCAGGAGCUCAUGUCAGAUGAUCAGCGAGAAGCAGGCCGAAUCCCUCGCACAAUUGAGUGUGAGCUGGUUCAAGAUCUUGUGGACAGCUGCGUCCCAGGAGAUAUGGUCACAAUUACAGGGAUAGUAAAGGUGUCGAGCACUGAAGAAGGAGCUUCUAAAAAUAAGAAUGACAAGUGUAUGUUCUUGCUGUAUAUUGAAGCAAAUUCUGUCAGCAACAGUAAAGGACAAAAACCAAAGAAUUUUGAUGAUGAGACUUUUCAAAGAUCAUUCAUGGAGUUUUCACUUAAAGAUCUUUAUGCUGUUCAAGAAAUUCAAGCUGAGGAAAAUCUGUUCAGGCUCAUUGUGAACUCUCUUUGUCCUGCAAUCUAUGGCCACGAGGUUGUAAAGGCAGGUUUGGUCCUGGCGUUAUUUGGAGGAUGUCAGAAGUUUGUGGAUGACAAGAACAGAAUCCCGGUGAGAGGAGAUCCACAUGUUCUGAUCGUUGGAGAUCCAGGAUUAGGGAAAAGUCAAAUGUUGCAAGCAGUAUGUAAUGUUGCUCCUCGAGGUGUGUAUGUUUGUGGUAAUACUUCCACCAGCUCUGGCCUGACUGUUACACUGUCUCGAGAUGGUGCUUCUGGAGAUUUUGCUUUGGAAGCUGGUGCUUUAGUGCUUGGAGAUCAAGGAAUUUGUGGAAUAGAUGAAUUCGAUAAGAUGGGAAACCAGCAUCAGGCUUUGUUGGAAGCCAUGGAACAGCAAAGCAUCAGUCUUGCCAAGGCUGGCAUCGUCUGCAGUUUGCCAGCUCGGACGUCUAUUGUUGCUGCAGCAAACCCAGUUGGAGGACAUUACAACAAAGCCAAAACGGUGUCUGAGAACUUGAAGAUGGGGAGUGCUUUACUGUCGAGAUUUGAUCUAGUUUUCAUUUUGCUGGACACCCCAAAUGAAGAUCAUGAUCACUUGCUGUCUGAGCACGUAAUGGCAAUCCGAGCUGGAAAGCAGGCAGCACGCAGCAGCGCUGUUGUGACUUGUACCAAGGACCGCUCUGUCCUUGAAGUUGUUUCAGAUCAACCGCUGCUUGAAAGACUAAAGAUCUUACCAGGCGAAAACUUUGAUCCCAUUCCACAUCAGUUGCUGAGGAAGUAUGUCGGAUAUGCUCGGCAGUAUGUGUGCCCAAAUCUAUCUCCAGAAGCUGCUCAGGUCCUCCAGGAAUUCUACCUUGAGCUCCGUAAACAGAACCAAGGAGCAGACAGCACACCAAUUACCACGAGGCAGUUAGAAUCACUUAUUCGACUUACGGAGGCACGAUCAAGGCUGGAAUUAAGGGAGAAAUCUACAAAGGAAGAUGCUGAGGAUGUGAUAGAAAUAAUGAAGUAUAGCAUGCUGGGAACCUACUCCGAUGAGUUUGGAAAACUGGACUUUGAACGCUCACAGCAUGGGUCUGGGAUGAGCAAUCGGUCACAAGCAAAAAGAUUUGUUUCUGCCCUUAAUGGUAUUGCAGAGAGAACUUACAACAAUCUCUUUGACUUGCAACAGCUUCGACAGAUAGCGAAGGAGCUACAAAUUCGAGUGUCCGAUUUUGAAAGCUUUAUUGGAUCCCUAAAUGAUCAAGGCUAUCUUUUGAAAAAAGGUCCAAGAGUUUAUCAGCUUCAGACUAUGUGAAGAGCCACCAUGAUAAACUUCCUUGAGACAAAAUCACCACAUCUGGAAUGGACUGAGGGACGCGCAGCAGUGAAGCCUGCUGGACCGCAGCCUAGCGCAGCA